AUGGCCGACGAGGAGAACCAGGAGGGUCUGCCUCCACAGGGGACGAUGCUGCCAGGGACGCCAGCACGCACCGCCCAGGAGGCUCCAGAUGCGGCCUGGCCACGAAGGGACAAACUGCUCCUGCCAGCGACGGUGAUGGAGACGCUGCAGGCGAAUCUGCAGCCUCUGGCACGGGCCAGCCCCGGUGACUCACUUCGAGAAGCCGCCGCUCCUGACCCUGAAUCCAAAGAGGAGGAUGGCACGACGUCGGGGAUACCCGUGAUGUCCUGGCAGCUGGACAGCCUGGAAGAGAUGAUGUCGUCCCGCAAAGGCUCCGUGGACCCGAAAAUUGAGGUCCGCAAGCGCCUGGUGCAAGAGCUCACAAAGAUUGGGCUCUGGACAGAUACAUCCGAGACACAGCCAAUUCAUACGCGGGUAGCUGUGUUCCAGACAAGGACUGCGCCAGAUAUACGUGUACAUGUUCAGAUAGCUCGAUCAGACCAAGAGUCCUGGCCCCUUGUCAGCGCGAUCCAGUGCACCAGCGUCAGGUGCGGCCUGGCGCAGGAUACCGCCUCGAAAGACAUAUCGCUUCUUGAGGCUCGUAGGUACUGGCGCCAGCGCUUUCUGUCCGAAGCUCUUCAGACGAAUCCGGGGCAGCCAGAGCCGGAGAGUGAGAAAGCUGUUCAGAGCAUGCAGUGGCCUGAGGCUACCAAAGAGUUUUUCGUGAGCAUUCUCAUGGAGGCAGUGUUCAAUGCCCUGAAGGGUGUGAAGCUUCCAGGCGCUCAGCCCAUGCCAUCUUUGCAGACAGAAUCUCUGCAAGACUUCUUUUUCCCUCCGCUUUAUGCAGAAGAUACCUAUGCAGACAUGGGCUGCCAACUGAGCCCACCCGAAUUUUUAAAUGCAGCAGCCCCACUCUGGAUGGCAGUUACGAGGAGUCGGGCAGAUACGGAGAAGGAGUUGCAGCGGCUUCACGGCUUAGCCCAUCUUCAAGCUGCGUUGAACACCCCUGUAGUUUACAAGUCCUCGUCGAAGAGGGGCAAGCUCCUCUGUGGGAAUGUGCUCAUGUUCGUGCUGGACUCGUUAAGCCAGCGCCAAAGCGGGAGCGUGGAGAUUGUGGAGCAGCGGCACAUCGUGAGAAGUCUGCUGGAAUGCCGAGCAGAUGCAGGGUCGAGUUAUGGGAUGUUUCCAAUUGGAACGAAGGAUAGCCUCGGAGAGUUUCCGGUGUUGAGCUUGGCAAAGGACGAGGAAGUCACACAGCUACUGCUGAAGCAUAAGGCGAAGCCAGACCAGACGAGUCUUCUGAACUUCUUCCCCUCCGGCUCCUGCCUCUGGACGGCGACCUGGCGAUCCAGCCCAGUGCUUAAGCUGCUUCUUCGUCACAGCGAAAAAGUCGACAACCACGGGUGGUACCCAGAUACCUCGCCACUCAUCCCAGGCCAAGAGCCAGAUGGCUGCAGGGUGCUGGCUCUGGCCGCCAUGACGUCGGCCGAGGAGCACAUGCAGCUGCUGCUGGAUAAAAAAGCUUCGCUUGGACAGGACAUGGCUCAUGUGCUUGCAUAUUGCCCCAGCGGCAACGCUCGAAUCCUGGCUCGACGCCUUUUCCGAUCGAAGCAGAACGCGCGACAGAUCGUGGAUGGCAGUGCCCUGAGGCGAAUGUCGGGCAUGAGACUGGAGCUCUUCUUCAAAGAAGUACUGAACCAUGGCCCCUGCAAGGAAGCAUUGCGCGAUGCUCUCACUGCCGCAUGCCGCGACCCGAAGCGCAAAAAUGCAAGGUUUCUGUUGGAUCAGACUUUGCAAGAAAUCCUAACGAAGGCGCCGCUUGCGGCAGGAUGCCUCUUGGAUUUUCAAGCCAGGCCUCCCGACGUUGCGGACUUGAACAGGUUUCCCUUGGCUCAGAGCUGCUUCUUCGAUGUGCACGAGCUCCAGAAGACGGCUUAUGUCGGCGGGGUCCAGUGGACCAACCGCACCGAGGACCGCGCCGAAAUGUUUGCAGACAUCCUCGCUCCACCAGUUGCAAUGUCGCCAUGGUUGGCAGGGAAGGCCAAGACUAAUCCGUAUCUGAUGCUCUUCAUCACGGCUCUCUACUCCCUUCUCCCAGAAUACAGACGCCAGCAUGCCUGCGAAAUUACCGUGCUCAGGCACCCCAACAUCCUCAACCCCACGGUCAUGCAGACAUUGGAGAAACUUCCUCAUGAGCAGCUGGUUACCCUGUUUAUGAAAAGCUAUGCUUUUCGAGGCAUUGCCUAUCACCUAUGGACCGUUUACAAAGCGCUUUGUUACAUGGACGUGUCAAUCACCGUGUUGCAGCUCUUGAGUUUGCUGGUUUGGUGGCGGAAUGCUCUCAGCGAGGAGAUUGUGAUUUCAUGUUGGUGCAUAUUUACAGCCGGUGUGCUUCUGGAUGCAUCAGGCGUGUUGUUGAAGCUUAGUCAGCUACGUCGGCCUUCACUCAAACGAGUUCUACAGACAGGCCUGGGUUUCUGGAUGUCGUACAGCACAUGGGCAGCAACCACCUCGAGUCCUUUUCGCACUCCCAUGGCAGUGAACAUGGCUCUUGGGAUUCUGGGUGGUAUCUACGAGCUGAGGCUCUUCUACCCCCUGGGCCUUCCCUUGGGUUCCAAUUUGGUUCCCAUCAUGCGGGCUGCCCAGACCAGCCAGUUCAUGGCGAUGCUGAUCCUCUUGAUGUCCAUCAUUGCUGCAACCUAUCUGGCAGCCUGCGUGGAAUUCCGGGAGCUGGGAGAUGAACUCUUACCAGUUGCCGUAAGGACCUGGCAGACCUUGAUCGUCGGAGAAUCCUCUUUGUAUGAUGUUGACGACUAUGAGCACGAGCUUCCACGAUACCUGUUUAUUUCCGCGCUCUUCUUUGUCUGCAAUGUAGUGCUCAUGAAUAUCUUCAUCAAUGUAACUGGCGCAAGUUACGAAGAAGAGCGAAAAUUGGAAUGUGGCACUUUCAGUGCUGAACGAUUCGGUACUUGCAUGGAGUUCACAGGCGUCACUUCAAGAGGCCGUCAGCUGGUGUUGGUGUUGGUAGGCUUGGCCGUGCUGAGCAAAGCCGCCAUCAGCCUGAUUCAGUGGCAAACGAGGAUCCUGAUCUGCGAAAUCGCAGUGCUUGCGUGCUUCUUACUGCUCUAUGGUGUUCAAUGGUUUCUGAGCAUGCGGGCUGACCGGCUCUUUGACAGAAGCGGCAAGCCCCGAUAUUUGUGGAUAUGUCGUGCUGUAUGCCAGGAGGAUGAGGAUGAGACCGAGAAGGAUGAAAAGACGCCGGUGGAAAGCCCUUCUGGCCCAACUACUUCAGUUGCUGAAACCGUCGCCCCCAACAUGCCUAUGAGGCGCCCCACAGUUCCCACAGUUCCGACAGGUCUACAGCGUGACUGGUUGCAGGAGUUCGUCGCAAGCAUGCAGCUGGACUUUGGAAAGUAUCUGGAGCUCACUCUUCAGCUUGCAGAGAAGAACAGCAUAUUGCAAAGCCACAUCCUGGAAUUCCUUCGAAGUUCUACUUGCCAACACACUGACUCCAGCCAGUGCAUCCUGGACCUCCCGAAAUACUUGCUGCAGACCCUCCAGUGGUCGGAAACGAACAGCCUGGUGCAGGGCGAGCUGCUGCACUUCAUCGCAAGGUGUGCCAAGGAUCAAAAGUCUGCCUGCGAAUACGUGGAUCAGCUCAUCUCCCGAUUGAACCUUUCAGCAGACGAUGCCACUCAUGUGCGAAAGCAAGCGCAAGAAGCAUGGUCGGGUGGAAGCACAGCUCAAACAGACUAG